UUGGUUACCAACGAUAAGAAGAAGAAGAAAGGGUUCAGCUGGACAUUCAGAAUAGGACCGUUGGUACAGAUCUCUUCUGACUGAAACCGAACCUCCAUCCAGCCGAACCGAGCCGAACAUGAACGAGUCUGAAGGAGUCCGCUUGCGGCGGCUGCACCGAGCUCACGUCAUUACUGAGGAGCUUCCGGAGCGGAGACUCAAGGGGUCCAGCACCUACAGUGGGAAGGUGUUCCAGGUGACCCUGCUGACCCUAGGGGGCUUUCUACUUCUUCCUCUGCUCGUCAUCAUCCUCAUCCUGGAGUCACCCAUCCACCCAGAGGUGUUAAGUCUGAAGGAGCCACCCCUAAUGGAGGGCUGUUGGGAGCCAAACCUGAAGCUCAGAGAGGCCCAGAGACUCUACGAAGACCAGAUCCUCGGUCCAGAGUCCAUCGCCAACAUUGGGGACGUCUUCUUUACCGGAACAGCUGAUGGGAAAAUUCUGAAGCUGAUUGGACGGAGAAUCGUCACAGUAACGACACUCGGCAGGGCACCAUGUGGCUCCAGAGAAGAUGAGCCCACCUGUGGGAGGCCUCUGGGGAUCAGAGUCGGACCCAACGGGACUCUGUUUGUAGCCGACGCCUACCUGGGCGUGUUCAAGGUCAACCCCAUGACAGGUGCAGCGAUCCAGUUGGUGUCGGGUGGUCAGGUGGUUGCCGGCAGGAAGCUGUCUUUCAUCAACGACGUGACAGUGACGCAGGACGGAAAGAAAGUGUACUUCACUGACUCCAGCAGCAGGUGGCAGCGCAGGGACUACCUGCACCUCAUCAUGGAGGCAACUGCUGACGGACGAGUGUUGGAGUACGAUACAGAGACCAAAGAGCUGACGGUGGUCAUGGAGAACCUCAGGUUCCCAAACGGCAUCCAGCUGCUGCCUGAUGAGGAGUCAGUUCUGGUGGCAGAGACCACCAUGGCCCGGAUCCGCAGAGUCCACGUAGCUGGGCUCAACAAGGGAGGGAUGGACACGUUCGUGGACAACCUGCCUGGGUUUCCUGACAACAUCCGUCCAAGCUCCACUGGAGGUUACUGGGUGACCAUGUCUGCAGUGAGACCCAACCCUGGGUUCUCCAUGCUGGACUUCCUGUCCCAGAGACCCUGGGUGAAGAAAUUUAUUUUCAAGCUCUUCAGCCAGGAUGUUCUGAUCAGGUUUGUUCCUCGGUACAGUUUGGUGGCAGAGCUCCAUGAUGGAGGCAUCUGCACACGGAGCUUUCAUGAUCCUAAAGGUCUGGUGUCGGCCUACGUCAGUGAGGCCCAUGAGCAUGAUGGGAACUUGUAUAUCGGCUCCUUCCGCUCUCCGUACAUCACCGUAUUGGACCUUCGUAGAGUUUAGAACCAGAGUCAUCUCGAACCGCUGCGUGAAGACAAGAAGACUGGCUUUAUACAUCACCCCCUGCAAGUUCUGCUCAUCCGUUAUAGAAACUCAUGGUGACCCGUUUUUUCUUUCCAUCCAGGACCAGGAUCAGAACUGAAACCCACACUGAAAGAGUGAAACAACCUUUAAUUUCUGCUGAGUCCACAUUCAGGUUCUGAAGGGCUAAUAUGAGCUGCUCAGAGUCAACUUUUUAACUUAGGGAGCAGAACGUCGUCAGGACAUCAGGUCCUGUUGUCUUGGUUCUGAGAGACGGACUCGUAGAUUCUGGCUUGAAACCAGUGAAAUCCAAGGGUUGGUUCAACCAUUCAAACAGCUGCUGGUUUCCUUUAGUCUCAGGUCAAUCUGCACCAACUAAUUAACCAACUAAUUAACCAACUAAUUAACCAACUAACGUGCACGUUGGUCGCUGCUCACACUGAUCUCUCUUCAGCCAGGACCUUUCAACCACUGCCUAUAUGACUCUGGGUCAAUGUUCUGGUGGUAAUGUAUUGUUUGCUGGGACAGAACAGCCUACUGGACUCUAUCGUUGGAAAAAAAUCACUGGGGGGGUUGAUCCAGUUCUGUAAAGGACCUGGAAUGUUCUGGGUCUGAGGCUCCAGCUGCAUUUUCUGGUCAUGUUCUUAGAAUAAAAUUCAUCUCAAUGUGGAACCAUCAGGGAACAUCAGCCUGUUCUGUUUUAGCUUAAUUUUGACUGAAAUGUUUGGAUCAGAAAAGAAUUCUGGUCCCAUCUGCUUCAGACCUGAACUUUGUCCUCAUUCCUCUGAUGUUUCUUCUGGGAAAGGUUUCUGGAUCUGCUGCAGAAAAUAUUGGACAUUUUCAGAACUAGUUUUAUUCAUCUUGAUUGACCCGUUAUUGGUGUAGAGCAGUUGUUUCUGUCAAUGUUUGGUUGCUUUCUUCCGUACAUCUUUAAAUAAAAACUUUGGAUCAGUUUA